AUGAGCACUCAGAGACUAGAAAGUUGGAGAAAGCAAAGAAGAAAAAUAGCAAAAAGCAUUUUAAUCGAAGAAAGGUUUCAGUCACUAUCAAAUUACAAGUCAUAUUCAUUCAGUGAUAUAUCAAAACUGAAUUUGAAAGAAAAAGCAAUUCCAAAUGGAAAUGCAAAAUCAACUCUGGCGUCAAUUGUAUUGACAUCUCUGCAGAAGUCUUUGGAUAAAGAGUCUGAAAAAUGGUCAUCGCCGUAUUUAGAUGGAUUUGUUCAAAAUAAAUCCCCUAAGCUAGGGUCGAGAAAAGAAAGCCUUGAACUUUUGGGACAAAAGUUAGCUGUCAAGCAUAGACGAUCCAUUAUAAAAACAUUUGAUCAAUCAAGAAAAGUUUCUCAUUAUAUCAUCCUAUCGCAAGAUCGAAACUUGUAA